UUUUCGUGCAAAAAAACUGUAAAUCACCCUUGUCUCCAGUGCCUUUGCGUGGCUCGUACGAAACUGUUUUCGUAAGCAUGGUUUUGUUAAUAAUUGAGUGAGAACGGAGAAGAACACAAAAAAUUUCAAUAUUAUUUUUUCUAACUUUUUAAGUUAUUUCGAUAAAGGAAAAGGCAGGUAAAUUUCGAAUCCUUUUCGAGUGCUUUUUCGAACGCACAUUUUUAAAUUUACAUGGAAACUUUUAACGCGUGUUUUAAUGUUCAGCACAAUGGAGACUGAAAAGAGAUACAUGGAAGAAAAAUUUCAGGAAUGGUUGGAAGUUGAAAGGACUAAACGGAAUUCCGUAAUAAUGCCCGUACAGACUUAUAAAACAAUGGCAGAUUUUCUAUGUGGAAGAAUAGACAACGUUCCACGUGCUAUAAAAAGAAAAUUGCGAAGAAAAAAAUUCCAAGUGAUGAGUUAUCCUGCACUUGGUAUAUCGGAUGUUUUGUGCGCUCCAUUUCCCGAUGGCGAUUCUCCUCUAGGAAAAUAUCGUCGCGUAGCAAAAGACCGACAGAUGUUUGACAUUAUCAAUAGAGUACACUGCCAAGAAGUUGGUCACCAAGGGGUUCAUAAAACGUUUGAAAAGAUAGCACGCACCUAUGAUAACGUUACUAAAGACGCUGUUGGUGCUUAUAUAAAGCUUUGCACAACUUGCUGUCUGAAAUCCAGUCAAAUAAAGAAAGCUCCAUUGAAGCCGAUUAUUCCUACAGGAUUCUUACAGCGUGUACAGAUCGAUCUGAUUACUAUGUUAUCCAAACCAGAUGGCGAUUACAACUACAUUGGCCAUGUCGUGGACCAUUUUAGCAAAUUCAGGAUAUUAUUUCCAAUGAAAGGGAAAUCAGCAAAUGAAUUUGCUUCAAACUUUUUUAGAAGUUUUUUAGCGACUUUUGGGUUUCCAAAAAUUUUGCACCGAAUUUUGUGCCGAAUUUAUCAAUCACGUAAUGGAUGCUGUAGCCGUGAUAUGGCCGGGUGA